GUCCGUAUUUUCAUCAAGGUCUUGCAAUCGCAGACAGAUUUUGUAAAACAUUAGCAGAGAUGCUAUACAAAGUUCAAUCCGCCGUUGAAACUAUAUCCAGGAAUCCUAAAUUAAUAAGGGCAUGGGUUAAACAUUUACCAAAU